AAUUUUGCGAUCAAAACAAUUUCGAUAAUAAUAUGUGCGGAGAAAGCGGUGGAUCUGAGACUGCAUUUCUGGCGGUUAUACUCUUAUGUAUAGCGAGUGUUUUCUAUGGCAUCGGUUACGUUGCCUUCUAUAUCAUUGCCAUCCCGUUUAUGGACGACUCGGUCCGCAAGAAGAACUCUCCCCUAUAUUUAAGUCUGGCGGGUGCUCUCCGUCUUUGUGGUCCGACCUCUGUGGAUCCGGGAAUAGAGCGAACAGACCCCCGUUGGAUAGGAGCAUGGUGGAUUGGCUUCAUAGUGAUUGGCACUGCAUUUAUAACACAUUAUGUAUUGACAGAUAUUUGGAUGCGAAUAAAACGGUUGUUAAAGAAUCCGAUUUAUAUUUGCUAUACAUUGGGAACGACGACCCGAUUGUUUGCAGUUCUCGGUUAUCUCACAUUCAAAUCGAAAUAUAUUGAAUCUGAAUAUAAAACCUCCGCCUCCACCGCCAACUUAUUUUCUGGAAUAAUAGGUGUAAUCCCGACGGCAACGGGUAUAUUCCUGGGCGGACUAUUCAUCCGUAAAUUUCUUCCCGGACCCCGACUUCUCACUUCUCUCAUAACAAUUGUUGAAUUGUUUGCAGUAAUGGGUAUGUUAUCCGCCCUUUUCCUCGGCUGUCCUCAAUCACAGUUUGCCGGCACUCAUCACAACUCACGUUUUGAUAUGCAGUCGAUGUGUAACGACAACUGUUUUUGUUCGGAAACCAAAUUCCAGCCGAUUUGUGGUCCGGACAACAAAACCAAUUACUUCUCUCCAUGUUUUGCCGGCUGUAAUUUGAGAUGCAGUCGAUGUGUAACGACAACUAAUAGUAAA